AUGGAUCCAUAACUUUAAUCUAACGUUGCCUAUACACCUAUCAAGAUCAAGUCGCCAAUAAACUUUUAGAUGAUGAAGGAGAAAUUAAGGCUUCAGUAGGAAUAAGCUAAGAAAAAGCUUUACCUUGUGGCGUUUGUUUCAGUAUUCUUUAUUGUGGCCUAAUUGAUUGGUGGAUACAUGGCGUAAUCCAUAGCCAUAUUUACAGACUCCGCUCAUUUGGCUUCUGAUCUAGUUGGAUUCGCAAUUUCUAUAUUCUCUCUGAUAAUUGCAGCUAAGCCAGCUACAAAAUCUCUUAGUUUCGGAUACCACAGAGCUGAAGUAGUAGGAACACUAGUUAGUAUCAUUUUUAUUUGGGGACUGACACUUUGGUUGAUUUAGGAAGCAACCUGGAGAAUUUUUUAUCCAAAAGAAGUACUAGGAGGUACAAUGCUCAUUGUUGCUAUAAUGGGUUUAAUAUUCAACCUGAUCUAGAUGAAGAUAUUGCACUCUGGAGAAGGUCAUCACCAUUUAGGUGGAGAUCAUCAUCACGAUCAUGGCCAUGGAAACAUAGAUCAUGACCACAGCCAUUAGAACAGCCCUCCAAAAAAGAAGAACUAUGGAGGACUUGUGUAAAAUUAGGAACUUAUGGAAGGACUCAUUGAUAAAUAAGGCUCUCAUUAACAUCAAAACAUAAUAAUGUCUCAUUAAACUCAAGAAAAAUCAAUAUACCAAGAUGCUCCUAGAUGGAAUAUCAAUGUGACUAGCGCUUAUUUGCAUGUUUUAGGCGAUCUCCUAAUGAGUGUUGGAGUUAUCAUUGCUGCCGUCAUCAUUUAUAUAAAGCCAGAGUUUAAAAUUGUAGAUCCAUUAUGUACCUACUUGUUUUCAGUAAUCAUUUGCUUUACCACUAUUCCUAUCUUUAAGGAAUGCAUGUUUGUAUUAUUAGAGGGCUCUCCUAAAGCUAUUGACACUUAGAAGCUAGAAGAAGAUUUGCUCAUGCUUGAGGGUGUGCAAGAAGUACAUGACUUUCAUGUUUGGGCAAUGAGCGUCAAUAAAUUUGCACUUAGUGCACAUUUGUUAUCAGACACACCUAGUAAGACACUAGACUUAGCAACAGAUUUAUGCAGAAGAAAAUAUAAGAUUUUCCAUACCACACUAUAAAUUGAGUGUGCAGAUAUGAAAAAUAAACAUCAGUUUGUCUGUGAAAAUGAUCUUCAUGAAUGA